CCUCUAUUUUCGCCUUGGCGCCACGCUGAAUAUACCAUCAACAUGUGGCGACUACACUGGGCAUCACGGAAAAUAAUGCCGUUAUCCUGCAAAGGGGGUAUACUUGGUGGCCAUAAAAGUACGUCCACGUGGACGUCGGGGAUUGCUGAUGUUCUGUUUGGAUCAAAUCUUAUCCCACAAGAGGCACUGUCAUCGGGAUUUUCCGUGGUAUCCUGGCUGUCUCAGAAACAAGCACGAUUAACUCAACCUGCGCCACGCACCACAUUGGGACGUUUGCAGCUGGCGAAGGGUUGUUUUGGUCUUUCUAACAGGCCCAACAUCACAGCAGAGCAGAAGUUGUGCCGAGACCCGCUAUGAUAUCCACCUACAAACAUACAUUUCAAUAUCCACCGGCAAUGUGCGGUAUUAUUUGCAAUGGGUCGGCUCUAGACCCGUCGGUAGUAACUCUGUAUGCGGUUUCGUCGUUGCGCCGAUAAAGUUCCGAAUGCUGCUACAAGGUGUUCGCUGGGAACGCCUCGGUCCGCAGGCACGUCUUGUACCUGCAUGACACCCGUACUGCAUGCGCAUGUACAGCGAACAUGACUUUUUGCAACACUGCCGCGAUGAACUGCAACAGCUUGCUCGUCGUUUUAUGUGCUGAGAAGUUGGCUACCAAGGAAGGAAUAUGAAAUUCUG